AUGGUGCAGAGGAGCAGCCUCGCAGUCCCAUACGGAGUGCCUGUCCUCGCCGUGUGCCUUCUGGCGUGCGCAGCCACAGGUUUGGAACUGUCUGUAAAUAACCACACUGCUGACUUCUCCCUGACCACGCAGGCUGGCCCUUCUGUCUCCCUCUCCUGCCUAGUACAGAACAGCAGCCAGGAUGAGGAGCUGCUCUGGUACCGAGAAGAUGGGGAAGUGGAUCUGAAAGAUGGGAAUAAAGUGAACAUCAGUAACAUCUGCAUAUCGCCAGUCGCCGAGUCUGACAAUGGAGUCACCUUCACGUGCAAGCUGGUGCGGGACACAUCCGUCCAGGUGUCUGUGAUCCUGGAUGUCCAGUUUCCUCCCCAGCUGACUGGAGAAGAGUCCCUGCAAGUUCAAGAAGACAAAGAUGUCACUCUAUCCUGCAAUGCCAAAUCCAACCCUCAAGCUGAAACAGCUUGGUAUAAGAACAACACCACCUUGACCCUAGAGCAAGAUCGUCACAAGGUGUACCUGACCAGUGAGGUCUUCCAGCUCUCUAUCAAAAAUGUAGAGAGUUCUGACAAUGGGACCUACACCUGCGUGGUGAAAUCUUCUUUGGGAGAGGGGAGGAAGGACUUCCACCUGAUAGUUCAAGAUAGAAAUGUUUUUCCCACGGAAGCCAUUAUUGCUGCUGGUGUGGUGGUUGCACUCACGGUAUUUUUUGGAAUUGUGGCUCGAAAGGACAAAAUUUUUAAGUGCUUCAAAAGAUCUAGUGAAACAGCUCUGUAA